AUAUCCGGCAUAUGAGUUUCCCCGGGAAGGUUUGGCGCGUAAUCCGUUGUUUUGGGUUUGUCCUCGGAUUCAUCGGAAAUUUUGAUAUUUUAUAAUUUAUAAUACAACUUAGAUAAGAAGAUGGCUCCAGUUUCAAAUCCAGAUAAAGACGCAGACGGUGGGGAUUACGAUGAUGCAGACAGCUGUGGUCUUGCUGCAUCCCGUUCCAGACGGGAGAAACGAGAAAAAGUGGGCCGCAAGUCCGCACUGGAGCAGCUCAAGAGAGCAAAGAAGGGAGAGAAAAUAAAAUAUGAGGUUGAGGACAUCUCCAGUGUGUAUGAGGAAGUGGAUGAGGAGCAGUACUCGAAAAUGGUGCGGGACAGGCAGGAUGAUGACUGGAUUAUUGAUGAUGAUGGAACAGGCUAUGUGGAGGAUGGCAGAGAGAUCUUUGAUGAGGAACUGGAGGAUAAUGUGGCGGAAAAAGGCCCUAAAGGGAAAUCGGGUCAAGGAGGCGGGUCAAAAGAGAACAAGAAUGCUAAGAAGUUGGCAGUCAGUAAACCCAACAGCAUAAAGAGUAUGUUUAUGAACAGCAAUGUCAAAAGGCCUACAGAGAAAGACGUUGACCUGUCCAAAGAUGAUCUUCUGGGAGAUAUUCUACAAGAUCUGCACUCUGAGAAACCAGUGCUCACUCCACCACCGGUCAUUACCUUGAAGAAGAAGAAAGCACUGGGAUCCCCCAUGAACCCCUUUUCUGUCAAAUCACAGACUCCCAAGGAGUCACCAACUGCCCCAGUAUCAAAGCCCAGACUCACAGUCCCAUGCCCCCCUCCAACUGAACCCUCACCAAGGCCAGCCUCUAAACCAGCUCCCUCUGUCCAGACCAAAAAGCUAAAGGUGGAGGAACCUGAGGAAGUCGGUGACUCGUUGGAUUUUGAUGAAAUGGACUUUGAUGAGCCAAUGGACCUAGGUGCUGAGGAACAGAAGAAAGUGACGGUUAAAGUGGAGGCAGAACCUGAGCCUAUUGUUAAAGUAGAGCCCAAAACUGAACCACAAGAAGAGGUGUUAAAGUCAGGCAUGGUGGGAGGAUCCUGCUGGGAGAAAAUGGAGGAGGAGGAGGCUGAUGAAGCUCCUGUGGAGGUGCAGGUGGAUUCUAGCCAGCUCCCAUUGGUGGAGGGUCCAGAUGGAGAAAUGGUUUUCCGCUUUUACUGGCUGGAUGCCUUUGAAGACCAGUAUAACCAGCCAGGUGUGGUGUACUUAUUCGGCAAGGUGUGGAUAGAGUCAGCUAAAGCCCAUGUCAGCUGUUGUGUGGCUGUGAAGAACAUUGAAAGAACUAUGUACUUCUUGCCACGGGAGAAUAAAGUGAACCUGCAGACUGGUGAGGUGACAGAUGUUCCUGUUGGAAUGAUGGACGUUUACCAAGAGUUUAACAGCCUGUCAGAAAAAUUCAAAAUCAUGAAAUUUAAGUCCAAGAAAGUGGAGAAAAACUACGCCUUUGAGAUUCCAGAUGUGCCUACCCAGUGCGAGUACCUAGAAGUGCGAUACUCUGCUGAGAUGCCCCAGCUGCCAUCUGACCUGAAGGGCACUACCUUCUCCCAUGUGUUUGGUACCAACACUUCAAGCUUGGAGCACCUCCUCCUCAGCAGAAAGAUCCGUGGGCCAUGUUGGCUUGACAUUAAAACCCCUACACUUAGCAGUCAGCCUAUGAGCUGGUGUAAGGUGGAGGCCAUUGCUCUGAAAAGUGACCUGAUUUCGGUGGUGAAAGACCUUACUCCUCCUCCACUGGUUGUCAUGUCUAUCAGCCUGAAGACAGUUCAGAACCCAAAGACCCACCACAAUGAGAUUGUGUCCCUGGCUGCUCUUAUUCACUACAAGUUUCCUCUGGACAAAGCUUCUCCACGUGUCCCUUACCAGACCCAUUUCUGUGUUGUGAGCAAGCCCAAUGACUGUAUCUACCCCUAUGAUUUCAACGAGGCAGUCAGAAAAAAGAAAGGCAUUGUGGAGAUUGCUGCAACUGAACGAACACUUUUGGGCUUCUUCUUGGCUAAGAUGCACAAAAUAGAUCCUGAUGUUAUAGUGGGUCAUGACAUCUUGGGAUUUGACCUUGAAGUGCUUCUGCAGAGAAUUACUGUGUGCAAGGUUCCCUUCUGGUCCAAAAUUGGACGACUGAGAAGGGCAAACAUGCCAAAACUUGGGGGUCGUGGUGGGUUUGCAGAGAAGAGUGCUGCGUGUGGUCGACUGGUGUGUGACGUGGAGGUGUCUGCUAAGGAGCUGAUCCGCUGUAAGAGCUACCAUUUGACGGAGCUAGCAGCCCAGAUCUUGAAGACUGAGAGAGCUGUGGUCGCUCCAGAGAACAUCAGGAACAUGUACAGUGACUCUCCACACCUGCUCUACCUGUUGGAGCUGACCUGGAUGGAUGCCAAACUUAUUUUGCAAAUCAUGUGUGAGCUAAAUGUGCUUCCACUGGCCCUGCAGAUCACCAACAUUGCUGGCAAUGUUAUGUCCCGCACACUGAUGGGUGGUCGCUCAGAGCGGAAUGAGUAUCUGCUUCUCCACGCCUUCCAUGAGAAGAACUACAUAGUUCCAGACAAGCAGUUCUUCAAGAAACCACAGCAGGACCCUGGGGAAGAUGAGGAUGUGGAUGUGGGCAAAAACAAGUCUGGUAAAGUGAAGAAGAAGGCUGCGUAUGCUGGAGGUCUGGUUUUGGAUCCCAAAGUCGGUUUCUAUGAUAAAUUCAUUCUGCUGCUGGACUUCAACAGUCUGUACCCGUCCAUCAUCCAGGAGUUCAACAUCUGUUUCACCACAGUUCAGAGAGAGGCGACUGGCUCUCGCAAAAAGACUGAGGAGGAUGACUUUAAUGAGGUUCCCGAGCUUCCUGAUCCAGAUCUGGAGAUGGGAGUUCUUCCUAAAGAAAUUCGUAAGCUGGUGGAGCGUCGACGACAGGUCAAACAGCUGAUGAAGCAGCCUGAUCUAAACUCAGACUUGUACCUGCAGUAUGACAUUCGACAGAAGGCCCUGAAGCUGACUGCUAACAGCAUGUAUGGAUGCCUGGGUUUCUCCUUCAGUCGGUUCUAUGCAAAACCACUGGCUGCAUUGGUCACUCACAAAGGCAGAGAGAUCCUGAUGCACACCAAAGACAUGGUGCAGAAGAUGAAUCUGGAUGUUAUCUACGGAGAUACCGACUCAAUCAUGAUCAACUCCAACAGCACCAACUUAGAGGAGGUCAUGAAAUUGGGUAACAAGGUGAAAAGUGAGGUGAACAAGCUUUACAAGCUGUUGGAGAUUGACAUUGAUGGCGUGUUUAAGUCUCUGCUGCUGCUGAAAAAAAAGAAAUAUGCUGCACUGAUGGUAGAGCAGCAAGGGGACGGCCGCUACACCACCAAGCAGGAGUUCAAAGGUCUGGACAUUGUGCGCAGGGACUGGUGUGACCUCGCCAAGGAGUGUGGCAACUACGUGCUAGGUCAAAUUCUGUCAGACCAGAAUCGCGACACUAUAUUGGAAAACAUUCAGCAGCACCUCAUUGAGGUGGGGGAGAAGGUGGCCAGUGGCAGCAUCCCUGUAAACAUGUUUGAGAUUCACAAGGCCCUGACAAAGGACCCUCAAGACUACCCAGAUAAGAAGAGUCUCCCCCAUGUUCAUGUAGCCCUGUGGAUCAACUCUCAGUCAGGCAGGAAAGUUAAAGCAGGCGAUACCAUAUCCUACGUCAUCUGCCAGGAUGGGUCAAAUCUUGCAGCCAGUCAGAGGGCGUAUGCUCCAGAGCAGCUUCAGAAACAGCAAGGGCUGAGCCUGGACAACCAGUACUACCUCUCCCAGCAGGUGCAUCCUGUGGUGGGCCGUAUCUGUGAGCCAAUUGAAGGCAUUGAUGGUGUGCUGAUCGCCACGUGGUUGGGACUGGAUCCAGGGCAGUUUCGUGCCCAGCAGAGACAGCAGCGUGAGGAGGAGUCUGAUGGUCUUCUAGGUGUCCCGGCACAGCUCACAGAUGAGGAACGUUAUCGUGACUGUGAGAGGUUCUCCUUCUUCUGCCCUGAUUGUGGCACUGAGAACAUCUAUGAUUCUGUCUUUGAGGGAACGGGGAGUGUUCUGGAGCCCAGCUUAAAGCGCUGCUGUCACAUCCCUUGCGGUGGAAGCCCCAUGGACCAUCACGUUAAAAUCAGCAACAAACUGCUGCUAGACAUCCGCCGACACAUUCGCAAAUACUACAGUGGUUGGCUCGUGUGUGAGGACCAAGCGUGCCAGAACCGAACUCGACGGCUGCCCGUUGCGUUUUCCCGUUCGGGCCCUAUAUGUCCACUUUGCUGCAAGUCCACUCUCAAGCCAGAGUAUUCUGAGAAGGCGCUCUACAACCAGCUGAGCUUCUACAGGUACAUCUUUGAUUGGGACUACGCCGCAAACAAAUCAGAGGAGAAACAGAGAUGUAAGAGCUGGAAUCAGGAGAAAGAAGUUUAUAAGAAAAUAAAGGGGGUGGUGGAUCGCACCUUGGCUUCCAGCAGCUACUCUGAGGUCAACCUGGCGAAGCUUUUUCAGACCUUCACCACACUAAAAUAACAACAUUCAUCCAUAGGGACAAGGUGGGGCCAUAGAUGACGACUUAUGACAUUUUUUGUUUGUUUGAUUACUCUUAAGUGGGCCCAUGAUUUUCUAAUUGUGAUUACUAUUUUUUUUUUUAAACAGUGUAUAUAGUGAUUUUGUAUUGUAUGUAUUGAAUGCUAUUUUCCAGUUGUUCCAUGCCCCUACCCUCGCCUCCCACCCCCCACUUAAAUUUCUAACUCUGCUUGUAAGCUAGUUGUUUGUGUUGCUGUCCACUGCACUGUCUUUGUGUGCUGAUGGUGUGGUGUGAAUUGAGGUCAGAGGUGAGGAGAGAUGAUGGCAGUGCUACGUGUGACCAUCAGACCCUGCCUUGAUUGACCAUCGUCGUCACCCACUCUGGCCCAUGUCUUUCAUCACGUCCAUUUAUCCUCUAAUCGAUCUCAGUUUGGUGGCAGAACAGGCCAGAAGUGUGCCUAAAGACCUUUAACAACACCACCACCAGCAUCCUUAGCCCUCUUCUAAUUCAACUGCACACAGAGGCAACAUUUUUGAGGUAACAAUCAGGGGUAAUACCUUCUCGCCACCGCCGCUGGUCCUUGACAGCAUGGCAAUUAGCCAAUGAUACAAACUUGGCCAGUCAUUUAAGCCGAUUGGACAUCCAUUCGCGCUGUGCCUCGCACUUAUGUCUGGCUGUUUUGGGCUGGACUGAAGUGGGAACGUUUGUCAGUCAGUGCUUUGCGACCACUGUUAUGUUCGUAUUAUGUUCUCUAUUAUUUGCAGACCUCUUUCCAUCUAUAUGUAUCUAUAUCUAUCCAUCUGUCUUGUUCUUGUCUGUACCUGUGCUGAAAUGACCUAAUAAAGUGUUUUUGUACUGAAAUUAAAAUAAAGCGAUACAAAAAGA